CGCGCCAAUAGACGAGCGUGUAUUGUUCCCGUUUCGGCAAUGGUAGAUGUAGCCGCAAAUAGGCGGCAAUAUAUCACCCACCUAUAGCCUCCCUAUGCGGCCAAAACCCGACUCACAGUUAGAUUCUCUGCCCCUCUCUUUCUCCUGAUGCCGUUUUCACGCAUUCGCCCGUAACUGACUCUCCCCUCCAGCAGAACCGCCACUUCACCUCACAGCCUUCCCCUCCGGCAACGACCAAUCAUGCGUUCAGCAAUCCAAGUGAUAUUGCUCGGCACCUCUUUCGUGGCCAGGGCAGCAGCAGCAGCAGCACCAGUCAGCACUGUGAUCCCGUCGACCAGCUUCGACUCGCAGGCCGACUUCGACACCCACUGGGACUACCUGUACCCAUGGGGCUCCGACCACAACGGCGCGGCGCGGAUGGACAAGGCCCACGUGAAGAUCGACUCGGGCACCGUGACGCUGACGGCGCAGCGCGUGACCGGUCAGAAGCCGGCUUCGCACGGUGGCCAGAGCAUCGAUAUCCACUAUCUCAGCGGCGCGAUCCACGCCCGCGAGAACUUCACCGUCGCCCGCGGCGGCGGCUAUGACUUCACUGGCGAGUUCAGGGCGCCCACGAUGAAGGGAUCGUGGCCAGCUUGGUGGCUUACGGGGGUUAGCUCGUGGCCUCCUGAGAUUGAUAUGGCGGAGUGGAAAGGGUCGGGGAAGAUUAGCUUCAAUACCUUCAACACGAGCUCGGAGGUCGCGGCUCUUGAUGUGGGGUACCCGGCUCCGGACCAGUUUCACGGGAUCACGUGCGAGGUGCGUGAUGUAAACGGCAGGGACGUGUCUGUGAAGUUCUCCAUGGACGGCAAGCUGGUGACGACUCAGGUCGGGAGGGAUUUCGUGGGGAAGGGGAUGUACCUGUGA